AAAAAAAAAAACAAAAACAAAAAAAACCAUGGUUUCAUUCCCUUUUUAAGUCUUUGUGGGCAUGCUCUUGGAAAGGUAUGAAAAAGAAAAUCCGCUUUUUGGUGGGGGACCCGAAAUCUUAUAAGAAUGCCCAGAAGGGGUUUAAUAUUUCAAGCCAGGACCCGUUGGCUAUUGGUGGGUCUUGCCUUACUAUUCAGUUUAAUGUUGUUCAUGUACCUGCUUGAGUGUGCUCCACAAACAGAUGGCAAUGGAUCUCUGCCUGGCGUUGUAGGGGAGAACUUGGGUAAAGAAUAUUACCAAGCUCUUCUACAGGAACAACAGGAACACUAUCAAACCCGGGCUACUAGUCUGAAGCGUCAGAUUGCUCAGCUAAAACAAGAGCUUCAGGAAAUGAGUGAUAAGCUGAAAUUGCUGCAGGAAAAAAAGAGCCCAAGAGUCAAUGGCAUGGGCUACCAAGGCACCAAAGAACAAGCAUCCAAUGAUCUCCUAGAGUUUCUUCAUUCCCAAAUUGACAAGGCUGAGGUGAGCAUCGGGGCCAAGUUACCUAGUGAAUAUGGUGUCGUUCCUUUUGAAAGCUUUACCUCCAUGAAAGUGUUCCAGUUAGAGAUGGGGCUCACUCGACACCCAGAGGAGAAACCUGUUAGAAAGGAUAAGCGAGAUGAGUUGGUGGAAGUUAUUGAGGCUGGCCUAGAGGUAAUCAAUAAUCCAGAUGAAGAAGAUGGACAAGAUGAUGAUGAUGAAGGAAUAGGAGAGAGACCGCUCUAUAAUGAAAAUGAUUUCAUAGAAG